ACUUUCAUCACAGCAAUCGUAAACCCGACUUCUAACCAAUACUUAUUCAAGGGGACUACGGCAUUCUUUGCGGCAUUUUGCGCUCUUCAAUUGUUUGUCAGUGUUGUCAAUUGGCAUAUGUUUUACCUCCAAACUGGGUAUAAGACUUACACAAAACCAGGGAAAUAAAUGAAAUUAGCUUAUCUAUUUGUACUAUAUAUACAUAUUACAGCAAUUUUAUCAUUACUGCAUUACUAUGACAACUAGAAUUCAUGGAAACAGUUUGUAAAUGCAUCGGCGUUUGUAUGAAGCUCCACUAGGUUGGCAACGAUGAGUCAUUUUGCUUGUAUGUACUUCAGAAAUGUCUGUAAUUUUUCGGGGUUAAUUUGGUUGCAAAAAAGGGAUAAUAGGUAUACAUGAAUUAAAUAAACAUUUUGAGGUAACAAAGUAAAGUUAAACUAAAUAAUGAGUAAAGUAAACAAUUAAGGGAAUAAAGCUUUGCAUCUCAUAAACAGUGUAGUCGUCUGCUGCUCGUAACUAUGUUUGUGGAGUGAGUGCUUAGGAACCAGGAAAAGCAACGUGGUUCAAGUGCAAUUUGGAGUGAAUUAAGACCAAAAUGUGUAUAAUUACAAUCAAAUAAGCACCGUGGAGUUUCAGUUGUGAUGGCAGUAAGGAUAAAACAAUCGAUUACAAGGUAAAAAUGAAUUCAGUUCAAACCAUGAUCCCAGGAAUAAAAAGUUUCAUACUUUCACUAAUAUAGGCAACAAAAUGUUGUUUUAUUGUGCUGAUUACAACUGCAGUCUUGAGUAAGAUCAAUAAGUGUUACAUAUAUACGCUAACAUUGUUCAAAUGAGUGCUGGGAAGCCUGGAAAGAUGGUGGAUUGUCUGUGGUUAGAACGGCAAGUCACGCGAUUGCUGCCAUGUUGGAUUUCAAAACUGCCUUGAAAACAUUUUUUACGAAGAGCUCACAUGCUUAUUUUAAUUCGUAUGGGCUUUCAUAUAUCACAUUAUGUUAACGAAACUUCAAUAUUUUGAAUGGCAUACUUAAAGUUGUAAUUGUAUUCUUGUUUCACCAAUUAAAUACUGAGUGAAUAAGGCCUGGCCACGCGAUGAUGAUGGAUCGUCUGCGGUUGUUUACCUUACUGCAUUACUAUGACAACUAGAAUUAAUGGAAACAGUUUGUAAAUGCAUCGGCGUAUGUGUGAAGCUCCACUAGAUUGGCAACGAUGAAUAAUUUUUCCUCGCGUCGUCUGCUCGUUUGUGAGAAGCCUAACAAAAUGUUGGCUGAUGUUGCAGAAGAGCUUGUUUUCUACUGCACUGAUGACAGGUUCUUCAUUGAGCCAAUCAACUCCAAACAGCUUCUGAUUAUUGACCGCGUUAGUCGAGAAAUCACCUUAGAAGAAAACAGUGGUCAGAUUCCCUUCAGUGCCUCUCGUAAAACUGUGUAUGGACUUGUUGGAAUCAUACAUUUGAUUGCUGGUCCUUAUUUAAUCUUAAUAACAAAAAGGAUUAAAGUAGGGACACUAAAUAAGCAAACAAUAUGGCGUAUGUGUGAUACAGAGAUUGUUCCAUAUGCUAGAACAACUGCCUCUCUUACUUCAGAGCAGAAAGUAUAUAAUGAUGUAUAUCUUGGUAUGAUUCAACAAGUGCUUGCAACACCAUACUUUUAUUUUUCCUACACAUAUGAUCUGACACACACACUGCAAAGGCUGUACUACACAGCAGAAGACUUCCUUCAGAUGGCACUACAUGAAAGAGCAGAUGUAAGAUUUGUUUGGAAUCAGCACCUCUUGAGAGACCUGUGUGUCCAACCAGAGAUGAGUCCUUUCUGUUUACCCCUAGUCCAUGGAUUUAUAUCUAUAAAGCCAUGCAGUAUCAAUGGUGAAUGGUUUACUUGGGCACUGAUAUCUCGUCGAAGUGUGUAUCGAGCGGGGACACGAAUGUGGAUGAGAGGUAUAGAUCAAGAAGGUGCUGUGGCAAAUUAUGUAGAAACUGAGCAAAUAAUUGAAUUUAGAGAUUUUCGAUCAUCAUUUGUCCAAACCAGGGGCUCCAUUCCGUUAUACUGGACUCAAGAACCUGAUUUACGCUAUAAGCCUCCACCACUAAUUGCUAAUGCUCCCCAUGAAGAAGCCUUUGGCAGACAUUUUGAAUCACAAGUACUAUGUUAUGGCAAACAAGUGGCCAUAAACCUCAUUGAUCAGAAGGGCAAAGAAGGUAAACUGUGUGAAGCAUUCAAACAUUUAAUUACUACCAGCAAUCGGCAAAUGAUUCGUGACAAUGUCCGUUACGAAUACUUUGACUUCCACCAUGAGUGUCGAAAAUUACGUUGGGAUCGUUUAAGUAUUCUCAUGGAUCGUGUUACUCCUGAUCGAGAAACGCUAGGAUACUUUCUCUUCCGUGAUGGUGUUGUACUACUGGAACAGGAUGGAGUUUUCCGCACGAACUGCAUAGAUUGUUUAGAUCGUACAAAUGUGGUACAGUCCAUGCUUGCCAGGAAGCAGCUUCAAGCUGUCCUAACUAAAAUGGGUAUUCUUAAUGAAAACCAGAAAAUUGAAGAUCAGUUUUCAUUUGAAGUGAUGUUCAAGAACGUUUGGGCAGAUAAUGCUGACAUUGUAAGCACAGAGUACUCUGGCACUGGUGCCCUCAAAACUGAUUUCACACGAACUGGAAAGCGUUCAUAUAUGGGCGCCUUGAAAGAUGGGGUGAACAGUGGUAUUCGUUACAUUAAGAAUAACUUCUUUGAUGGAGAUAGACAAGAUUCCAUUGAUCUGUUCUUGGGAAAAUAUCAAGUUGAAGAAGGUGAAGGUGCUGCUCGUCCCUGUCCCUUGAAGGAGAACAGAGAUCCUCGUUUGUAUUUCCUACCGGGAGCUGUGUUCAUUUCGAUUCUCAUGGUUUUUGCUUGUGUUUUGUUGCCUUCGGAUUAUUCAUCAUUUACUCUUCUGUCUCUGCUCUUCUGGGCUGCUAUGACAGCUGUUGCUGUAAUAGCUACAUUUAAGCAAGGCCGUCAGCUUGUUAAUGCCCCACGUCUCUGUAUGUCAGCUCUCAGUCACUUAACAGUUCCUCCGAGAGGUGGCUAACAUUUAGCAACUUUGUUGUAAAUGAUUAAAUGCUGGUCUAUGUUAAUCUUCAAAUACUAUGAACUUUAGUUCAGUGUUGCUCUAUCUGUGUCUUUCAUCGCAAACUCCUGUUGCUGAUGUAGUUUUGGUUAUUAAUGAGAUGUUAAUUGUAUGAAAUGUGAAACAAAUAAAGGUAAAUAUGUUGGGAUUUUUC